AAAUUUUAUAAAUAAAUAUAACUACAUGAAAGAUAACAAUAAAGCAGAUUAAAUCUUUUUAAUUUCAAAUUGUGUUAAGUUUGCUUGCUUGCGCACCGUCAUGCUGUACACACGUGAGCCAACUUCCAGGUUCAUGAAAACAGGUUUAUGGAAAAAUGACCUCAUGAUUUGCUGUGUCAAAUAAAAAUGUUGUGCAGUACUGUAACAUUUCAUCACCACUGACUGUCUCACACUGUGCAGCUGGUUACAUGGACAUGGAUACAUCACUUGCUUGAAACCUAUUAAAAUAUUAUUACUUUUGUUCUUUAUUUAACAUUAGAAUGAGUCCAGUGUGUGCAGUGGAUUAAUAAUCAAUAAAAUAACCCAAGAUAACCAAGAAAGAAUGUUUUGCUGUAAAACAUUCAGGAGUUGUUGGUCCAUCUGUAAUAUUGCUUGUUAUAGCGCCACUGUCUGGUAAUAAAUUUGGUCUGAAUGCUUGGGUUUGAAAUCUAUCAAUAUAAUUUAAAUAUGAAUAAUUUCCUUCCUGUUUUCAUCGUCAUAAUUUUUUUUAGUAUCACAGGUAAACAGUUGUAUGUAUAAAAACAAUAAAUAAAGGCAGGCACUUAAAAAUAACAUAAGAGCCAUGGUGCAGGGUUAAAUGUGGUCAGAUGUAAAAUUGAACAGGUGUUUGAUCAGCCUCGCAUAAUAUUUACAUUCAUUUAAAAGACUGUCAUGGCAUAGAUGAAAGGCAAUAUGUGCAAAGGAUGUACUUCACAGAUAUCACAGCAAACAACAAAUAUCACAUGAUUGUGUGUGUAUGUUUUUUUACAUAUAUAUUUUGUUGCCUACAACACUCAAUAAUGCAAUAAUGAAUGGAACAAAUGUAAUUCAAUUAAAAAGAAGGUUCUAGCACUGCUGAUAAAAUUGGAUUGCCUUUACUCUUAAGAUUAUCAUAUAAUAGUUAGUAGCAGUAGCAGUAGUAGUCUUGCAUGUAUAUACCAAUAUGUAUAUAAUAAUAAUAAUUUUGCACAAAACAUCCUUCAGUAGUAGUACAUUCAAAGUCAUAGUAUCUUUAUCUUAAGUAAAAUGAGCACAUUAUGUAUGUGGUAUUAUGUUAUAACCUACAGCUUUACCUAGCACUGAGAAGUGUAGAAGCAUCAUCUGCCAAACAUAUAAAAUUCAUUCACAAAUCUAGAAUCACAAUUAAGGCCAUUUUUGGAGAAUAUAAACAAUAUGCUGAGACUUGGAGCCCACACCUGUCUUUUAUUAAAUUUAGUCUAUUGUCAUCUUGUUGUCUUAUCAAUUAUCAGCCCUAUCUCUCUCAUCCUUCUGACCCCAGAUUAAUACUGUAAUAAAUAACCGAGGAGGCAGGAACAUCCCAGCCACCUCCCCUUAUGUCUGAAGAGGCAAAAACAUUUUCAUUGAAUCACACACCUUCAACUGCAGCUACAUUUGUUGGUACUUGGUAAGAGGAUUUAUUUAUGUUUAGGCAAGUCUAAAAUUGUCCCUGAACAGGUACUAAAGAGAUCAAACGACAAGACUCCUUAAAUACCUCCUGCCUGAUACCAGUGUUAUUGAGACUUGUGAAGGUUACCUCUCUCCAUCAGAGGACAGGGAAAGGAAGAAAAAGGCACUUGGAAACUCCAGUAAAGAAGCAACAAGUGAGUUAAAUGAUCAUGACUGUGAGGAAGCAGCUGUGGUCCCUGGCCCGUAUGUUCCUGCCUGGUGUGGGAUUUUUAUUGACCUGCACUGGGGCCUACCUGGUGUCCCUACAGACAGACAGGUACACUUGUUUGGUCAUCCCUGCCUACAUCAUGAUUGUGAUCGGCUUUCUGGCUGCGCUCAUCGGAGUCUUCUGGAACAUCUGCCACAGCAUGAAGAGCAAGAUGUAUCUGAGAGGAGGACAUGAACGGCACAUACAGGUCUACACAAUUGAAAGACCAAACUUCUUCCCUCCAUCAUACGAGGAGUCCCAGGGCAGCCAGGAGUGUCCUGAUACAGCCCCUGAGUUUGCGGUUUUGGUUGACGGGGUGGAUGUGGCGAUGAGUCUUGCUCCUCCUCUGUACAGCCAGGACAGCUCGGAGGCUCCAGACUGCACGUGGAGCUGCGAGCAGCCUCCUCGGUACAGUCAGGUAGAGCGUAUUCAGCUGGGAGAGGUGUAUGCAGAGGAGUGGAGGGGAGCAUUGUCUGGACACUGAAGGACGGAACCUUUUCGCCUAACUGGCUGAGAGAAAAGGGAGGAAUGAAGAUCUUAGAUAGACAUUACUUCCUGACUGAGCUAAAAGACAAAGCUCCAGAAAAAUGGGAGAUGCCUCGAAAUGUGGUUGGAUUGCUCGGCUACCAAAUGAUGGACCACAGAGACGUGUUGACAUCACCUUUGUGCCAUCAGUGUACACCCAGUGAUCAACCUCUAAACUCUGAUGUCUGUGCUGACCCUAUGUUAACAGGCCAGAGGUCUUCAAAGAGGUACGGCCUGUUGGGUUAAACUGUGGUUUUCUGUUGAUGUUGCUCAAAUGGUUUUGUCUCUCAAUUCCAAAAGCAAGGAUGAGCUGGACGUUUGAAUUGCAAAACUGCUUAGUGGUGUGACAAAUAACUGAGGACAGUAUUAAUCCACUUAACUUACUUUUACCAGCACUGUGGCUCCAAUUUGUACACUAUUAAAAUCAAACACUUGUAAACUGUACUGUUUGUAUAUGAUGCUGGUCUAGAAUGAUUUGUGUUAUGGAAUAAUAAUAUCAAGUUGC